AUGAAGCGCGAUCGGCGCGGGCGGUUCCUGGCGGCCGCGGGCGGCCCCGGUACCGACACCCCCGAGCCCCGGCGGCGGCCCGGCACGGCGGCACGCGGCACCGAGGCGGCGGCACGGCCCGAGCCCCCCGCGGGGUGGGCCCCGGCGGCCGCCUGGACACGGCCCGGCGCCCUCGGCGGUGCCCCGGAGGCAGGGAUCGGCAGAGCCCUGAGCACCGGCUACUGCCGCCUCUGCCACGGGAAGUUCUCGUCCCGGAGCCUGCGGAACGCGUUCGGGAAGGUACCGGUGAUGGGGGAGAACUCGGAGAAGCAGCGCCGGGUGGAUCAGGUCUUCUUCACCGACUUCCAGCGGCUGGUAGGCGUGGCGGUGCGGCAGGACCCCGCGCUGCCACAGUUCGUCUGCAAGAAAUGCCACGCUCAGUUCUACAAGUGCCGCAGCGUCCUCCGCACCUUCAUCCAGAGGGUCAACGCCUCUCCCACCGGACACCUCAAGGCGAAAGGAAAGAGUGGUGUGGCACAGCCCCAGCCGGGCACGGAAGGAGCUGCUGCCUGCCUGGUCGACCUGAUCACCUCCAGCCCCCAGUGCCUGCACAGCCUGGUGAGCUGGGCACACGCCCACGCGGGGAGCUGCCCCUCAGCCCCCAGCCUGCAGAGCGUCCUCUCCUCCGAGUACUGCGGCAUCAUCCGCGCCGUCUGGGGCUGCGGCGACGGCCACGACUACGUCAUGGACACGGACUCGGACUGCAGCACGGUGCUGCUGGACAACGCCCUCUCGGUCAAACGGGAGUGGAACAAGAGCACGGGCCAGCACUUGACUGACAACGGGGCAGAGGAUGCCCAGGCUGUCCCUGCUCCCAAAGCCCAGCACGCCCCAGUGAGGACCAGUCCUUGCCAGCAGCCCCCAAACAAAGGGACCGCGGCGCUGCCGCUGGACGUGGAGAACGAGCCACCACAGGACAGGGAUUCAUCUCCCUCACAACUGGACAGUGAGGGCUCCUUCCAGGAGAAGGCCCCACCACAGCCUACAUCCCCCCUGAGCACUGCCCCAGGACAGUUGAGUGGGAAGCAGGUUCUGUCUGCAACAUCGGAUGAGCGGGUAAAAGACGAGUUCAGUGACCUUUCUGAGGGGGACUUCUUGAGUGACGAUGAAAAUGAGAAGAGAAAUGUGCAAUCUUCAGAUGACUCCUUUGAGCCUUACCCCGAGAAGAAGGUUUCUAGCAAGAAAAGUGACAGCAAAGAAGCAAAGAAGGCAGAAGAGCCCAAAAUACGGAAGAAGCCAGGGCCCAAGCCAGGCUGGAAAAAAAAAAUCAAAUGUGAAAGGGAGGAGCUGCCCACCAUUUACAAGUGUCCUUACCAGGGCUGUGCAGCUGUCUACAGAGGGGCGGAUGGCAUGAAGAAACACAUCAAAGAGCAUCACGAGGAGGUUCGGGAGAGGCCCUGUCCUCAUCCUGGCUGCAACAAAGUUUUCAUGAUUGACCGGUACCUGCAGCGCCACGUGAAGCUCAUCCACACAGAGGUACGGAACUACAUCUGUGAUGAGUGUGGGCAGACCUUUAAGCAACGCAAACACCUCUCGGUCCAUCAGAUGCGGCACUCGGGAGCAAAGCCCCUCCAGUGUGAGAUCUGUGGGUUCCAGUGCCGGCAGCGAGCGUCCCUCAAGUACCACAUGACCAAACACAAAGCUGAGACAGAGCUGGAGUUUGCCUGUGACCAGUGCGGGAAGCGCUUCGAGAAGGCUCACAACCUGAACGUCCACAUGUCCAUGGUGCACCCUCUGACCCAGACUCAGGACAAAACCAAGCCACUGGAGCCAGAGCCCAUCCUCCUCCUCAACACUUCAGGGACUUCCGACAGCCAGGCAGUAAAACCAGAAGUGACUGUGCAGCAGGAGCCCACCUGAGGGGCACGGGGACGCUCUCCCAGUCCAGCCCUGUAGGAACCGUACAGCAGAGUGUGGAGAUUUUUUUAAUCUACCUUUUAGUCUCCCAAAGAACUCAGUGGAAUUAGCUUCAGCUUUCUCAGAAAAGGCUUGUUCUCAUGCUGUGAUUCUCCGUGCUCACGUCUGAUUCAGCAGUGUUGUACUAAGAGUCUGUCUAAUCCCUGGGGAGGGGAUGGGGAGCAGCACCCCACAGUGUCCCCCCUUUGUCCCCACGCACACAGUGUCCAAACAGCAUUGGCCACAACUGUUCCCUGCCUGCACAGAAGUGCCCUGGGGGGCUGUAAGGGUACGGAGGACAACGGAGCAACACUUUGGUUUGGAAAAACAAAAAGAAGGAAGGAAAGAAAAAAAGAAAAAAAAGAAAAAAAAGAAAUUAUGAUUCCCAAAGCAAGUCUAAACUGAAAUUUGUAACCUACUUUUUAUUGUAACAAGAGCUUCAUGGUUAUGCUUGUAAUAAAUUAUUUACAAAGUAAUUUGA